AUGACCUGGAUGCCGCAUGUCAAUUUGACUGGUGUUGACUACUUUGGUGGCGAUAUUUCACCCAGUCUAGUGGCACACAACACCGACUUGUUUGGAGACGAUGCUCGGUUCGCCGGCAAGUUUCAGGUCUUUGACAUCACAUGCAUGAUUCCUCCAAAGAUGGACAUGAUACACACAAGAGAUGUCUUUCUUCAUAUCAGCUCCGACCUAUCCUUGCGAGCUUUGAAGAAUUUUGAGCGAAGCGGAUCCGGGUAUGUUGCGAUUUCGCACUGGCCGGAUGCCAGUGGCGACACGAAUGAGUAUCAUCCCACACGAUCAGAGAAGGCAUACCCCGAAGCCUUCCAUGUGAAGUCAAGCGAAGCACAAGUGAUUGGCUCUCAUAAGUACAAUCUUGAGCUGCCCCCCUACUGUUUGCCACCUCCGCUGUACUCGACGCAGAACUUGUUUGCGGUUAACGGGUCCAGUGUGAUGGGUGUGUGGAAGCUGCCAGCUCUCGGACGAGGCACUCGGCCUCAAUGCACGAAGCAAACGGUGGCGUCACCAGCACAGCUCGUUGAUUCCUAUGAGGUGUCAGUCUGCAGGGGCCAGACAUGUACCCCUUCCUUUUCUUCUGACCUGUUUGCUGACUAUCUGCAGUCGCCCAAGCUCCUAGGCGGUCCUCUGCAGUCCUGCUGCACAAUCUGUGGAGAUGCGACAACAUCGGCGUGCUCGAACUCUCGGAAUGAAGAGCAAAUUUUCCUAAGCCAUGUACUGCCCUUUGUGACAUACACCAUGCCUGACCAUCCCGUGUUCUUGGAGAUGGGUGGUUAUGAUGGGUGGCAUGAAACCAACACGCACUUUUUGGAGCAAUGCUUGGGGUGGAAGGGCAUUCUUAUCGAGGCCAAUCCCAGAAUGUUCAAGAGGUUGCAACAGCUUCGACCAGGCACUCUAAAUAUCCACAGUGCCAUUUGCCGAGAAGCAGGGCAUGUAAAGUUUGCUGGGAAUCAUCCUGGAGCGCAUAUCGAGACAGAGACUGACGAUUCGGGGUACACCGUUGCUCCGUGUCGGCCCUUGAGAGAAUUCUUGAGUUCUCUGAACGCCUCGCACAUCGACUUCUUCAGCCUGGACGUGGAGGGUUUUGAGCUUCAGGUUGCAGAGUCUGUGGAUUGGUCCCAGUUCUCGGCAGCCUUCUUGGUAGUCGAGGAGCUCUCAAAGCACCAGCAGAAGAAUGAGCAAGUAAGGGAACUGCUCACGCAGCGGGCAGGCAUGGAAAUCCUCGCACAGCAAUGUUGGAAGCCAACUGCUUGUGAUGCUUAUUUUGUGAACCCACACUUCGUAAAUGUGGCUGCUGCCCAGAAGCAUCUGGCAAGCGUGCCUUUGCCCAAGGGAUUCCGCCCACCUGACCAGUGCCGACCAAAACAGUAA